ACAAGUGGGUCAUUUCCUGGAGCAGUUCCUGGUCCACGUAUUGAGAAGCUCACAAAUAUCCUCUUUGACAGAUAAUGACAUUUGACUCCGUUUAUCCGAUCGGACGUCUCCUCUCAUGUCUAAACAUUAAAACUCUGCGAUAUCCAGGAGACUGGAGACCCAGCGAGCUUCGACUGUUUAUCAAACGGAUGCAACAUGUCUUGGUUUACUGAGUUGGCUGGAAAAGCUGAAGAUUUUCUAAAUAAAGUGGACCAAGGAGCUGCUACUGCCCUGAGUAAAAACCAGGAAAGGACGUCCUCCUUUUCAUCACCCUAUGAAGAAGAACCUGCUGUUACAAAUGAGUACAACUCUGCGGCGUACAAGACUGAGCCAGCCGUAACACAUCAUGCCCACCCAUCCUCUCGUGAUGCACCAAUUUACAUCUCUGCUGUGGCCGGCAACAUUAAGAAAUCCAGCGCUACUCUCCUUGCUGGGACGGCCAACGUGCCCAGCCCCCCCUCUGGUUCUGGCACCAGCAACAGCAGCAGUGGCGUUUCAAACCCUGCCAAGACCUCUGCAGGUUUUGUGAGGCCCAAAAAGAGCGAGCAGGAUGUGGACGAUGACAUGCUGUUUGACUUCCUGAACAGCUCGGACCCUCCGGACAGCAGCAGGAGGGAUUCGAAAAGAGAAAUUGGGAAAGCUGCGGCACCGGUUAUGGAGGUGCAAAGCCCAACGCCUCCACCUUCUUUUACUCCUCACAACAACCUCUCAGCCUCAUCCACGCCCCCUUCUACACGUGGGGUAUCAAGGGCCUCAAGCAUGAGCUCGCUGUCUGCCCACAGCAUCAAAACCUCAGAGGACAAUUCUGCUAAAGAGCAAAGUCAAGACGCACCUAAGAGUUCUGACUCUGGCUUGGCUCCCCCGCAGGAGUCCAACAGGCCGGAGUCGAGCAGGCCGGAGCCCACUGUCCCCACAGAGGAGCCACAGAGCCAGGUCCUGUCCAGGCUGCGCCUUGAGAACCAGCUGCUGCGCAACGAGGUGGCCUCCCUCAACCAAGAGAUGGCUUCAGUCAUCCAGAGAGCCAAAGACUUACAAGACGAAUUAAAUCAGGCUCGCCUGCGUGCAGACAGGUGGAACUCAGAGCAGUCUCAAAGCGGCCGAACACUAAGAGAACUUCGCUCACAGGUAGAAGAUCUCACAGAAGCACUCUCUGCCAAAGACGGCCAACUUGCAGUCCUAAAAGUCCGACUCGAUGAAGCAGAUCAGCUGUUGAAAUCCCGCAGUUCUGCACUGGAAGAAGCACAGAAGGAAAAGUCGAGAAUUAUGCAAGACCACACAGAAGGGAGCAGCAUGCAAUCCCAAGCUCUGGUAAAGAUACAGGAGAGACUGCGAGAAGCGGAGCUUUCUGUCAGGAGGGAACAGGACAGCUAUCGGCACAUGCAGAGUGAGUAUGCUGACCGGCUGGGCAAAUUAGAAGCUGAGAGGCAGACCCUCGCAGAGACGGUGACUGCAGCUGAGCGACGAGCGGUGGAGGAAAAGCUCAGGGUCGACGACCUCCAGCAGCAAGUGAAGAGUGCCAAAGCAGCGGCUGAGUCCGCCAAGCAGGAGCUACAAGACUACAAGCACAAAGCUGCACGCAUCCUACAAUCCAAAGAAAAGCUAAUAAGCAGUUUGAAGGAGGGGUCAGGUCUCGACAUGGGAGAUGGUAGUGGGACCAUGGCUCUAGAGAUGGAGGAACUUCGUCAUGAAAAAGAGCUCCAGAGAGAAGAGAUUCAAAAGCUGCAGGGACAGGUUGGCACUUUACGAGCAGAAAUACAGGAUUUGGAGACUCAGGCCCUGGCAGAGGCAGAAACAUUGCGGGAGCAGCAGGUCCAUCUACAGGAGCAACAGGCCUUAGAAAAUCGAGCUAAGCAGGAGUUAGAGGCUGAGGUGGAGCGCUACAAACAGGAGCUGCAGUACCUUGAGGAUGAGCACCAUCGGGCCCAAAUCAACCUGCAGAGCCGAAUCAAAGACAGAGAAGAUGAAAUCCAAAAGCUCAGGAAUCAGUUGACCAACAAAACUCUGAGCAACAGCAGCCAGACGGAGCUGGAGAAUCGACUCCACCAGCUGACGGAAACACUGAUCCAGAAGCAGACCAUGCUGGAGGCCUUGGGCACGGAAAAAAGCUCCCUGGUCUUCCAGCUGGAGCGUUUGGAGCAGCAGCUGAAGAACGCUCAGGGAGGGCAAAGUGGAGGUCAAGUCAUCAACAUGAGCCCCCUAGAGGGUCCAGGGACCCGUCAAAGAAACACACCGGUUCUGUUCAGUGAUCAGGACAGUCCAGGUGUUUACGGCAAAGUGCGGAAGGCAGCCAGUACUAUUGAUCGUUUCAGCAUAAGACUGGGAAUCUUCCUGAGGCGCUACCCCAUAGCUAGGCUUUUUGUUAUCCUUUACAUGGCGGUACUGCACCUGUGGGUCAUGAUUGUUCUUCUAACUUACACACCUGAAAUGCAUGGUCGCCCUGAUGGAAGAUAGAAGACAACCUGGUUAUUUCAAGUUGGAGAUGUUUUUUCGCUGGCCUUCGAUGUAAGGAAGCUGCUGGAAAAUGGGCUCUGGGACCUGACUCUCCAUGUUUUGCACUCAUAUGCUAUGAACUGAAGACAUUUUUUCGGAUUUACUGGUGGUUUCUUGGAAUGAGAGCUGAGAGCCGCAUUAGGUUUUAAAAUAAAUAGAACGUGAUAAAUUGUGUUGGUUUCCUGGAAAUGACCUUCAAUUGUCCUUCACAUAUUAGCUUUCUUCCUCUGUUCUCUUGACAGAUUGUAUGUAACACUAUAUUUAAAAAAAACAAAAAAAAACUUUUAUUAAACAUGUAAGAUGAGAAAACAUUCAA